AUGCAGGCGGGCUCCGUGCUGCUGGUGGUGAUGUGCGGCCGGAAGCAGAGGGAUCCUGUCACCUUCUUGGCCUUGCGGGGGCCCCAAGGGGCUGCCAUCUCAGCGCUGGCAAAGGCCGAGCUGUGGCAGGAGGCUUUGGGCUUGCUGCACCAGGUUUGGUCGGAGGCGGAUGUGGCAGUCUUCAACGCAGCCAUCAGCGCUUGCGACAAGGCGGGACAAUGGCAGCAAGCUGAGCAUCUCCUGCAGGAGUUCGAGUCCGUGUCCCCAGACCUGGUGACGUGGAACACGCUGCUGAGCGCCUACGCUUCUGGCGCCCAAUGGCAGCGGGCUGUGUGGUUGCUGGCGAGCAUGGCUUCCUCCAGCGCCGGCGCCAGCGCUGGCUUCGGCUUGUCCGCGGCGGCGCUGCCGGCGCCGGAGCUGCGCAGCUUCAACACGGCGCUGCACGCAGCGGCACGGGGCGCCCAGUGGCGAGUGGCCGUGGCGAUCUUCGCGCGGCUGGCGGAGGCGGCGCGGCCCAGCCAGCACAGCUGCAACACCGUGCUCCACGCCUUGGCGCGGGCCGAGCUGUGGCAGAGCGCGCUGCAGCUGCUGGAGCAGCUGCAAGCGCGAGGCGAGAGCGUCACGGUGCCCGGGUUCAGCGCAAUCAUGGGAGCCUGCAAGCAGCGGGGCCUGUGGCGCCAGGCCCUGGCGCUGUUGCCCCACGACGCCGACGCUCGGGCCUUCGCGGCGGCGGUGAGCGCCUGUGACGCUGGGCUUCAGUGGCAGCGCGCGGUGGCGCUGCUGGAAGUCAUGGCCCGAAGAGAGCUGGCCCCGAGCGUUGAGGCGCUAAGCGCCGCCUGCAGCGCCUGCGAGAAGUGCAGCCAGUGGUCCGCCGCCCUGGCGCUGCUCUUCUCCUCCACGACGCCCAGUGUGGUGACAUGCAGCGCGGCCAUCGCGGCCUGCGCCAAGGCGGGCCAGGGAAGGCGCUGCUGGCAGCUGUUGGAAGUCAUGGAGGACUGGCAGCUGGCACCUGACAAGGCGACCUACGGCGCGGUACUCGCCUUGCCACAGGGGGCCGGGCGGUUUCUGCCUUUGCUGGCGCGCAUGGACGCCGCCCGGCUCCAGCCGGACGCCGCGCUGCUCGCGGACUUCGCCGGCGCCGCGGAGGCCGCGGAGGCCUCGGAGGCCUCGGAGGCCCUGGGCGCGGCGGGGCUGCGGGGCCGCUUGAGGUCAAGCUUGCUCUCCUUGCUGAAGCAGAAGCAGUGGAACCAGAAGGAUCUGUCCAUGGCCGCCGCAGCCAUGGAGAGCCUGCUGAGUUUGGGGGCCACAGAAGAGGCGACUGUGGCCUUCCAAAAGCUCCACGGGCGCCUCACGCUGCGCGCCUUGCGCGCCUUGCGCGCCUUGCCCUCGGGCCGCGUCCUGCCGCCCAACGUGGGGAGCCACUGCACCCGUGAACUUCUGCAGGAGCUCCGCCUUGGCCCCUGCGUCGCGGGCUCCGCGGCCUGGGCGCCGUGGGCGCCGUGGGCGCCGUGGGCGCGGCGCUCUGCGCGGCUUUGGUGGCCGCGGGGCGCGGACGGGGAGCUGUCGGCGCAGCUGGUGGUGGCCUGGCUGGGGGCGGCCCUGCAAAUCCCGGCGGUGCAGGUCUCCAGGUGCCAGGGUCACCACCGCGGUCUCCCGGGAACGCCCGCGCUGCUUUCCUCGGUGCGGGCGGAGCACGACCGAAGCGCCCAUGCGGAGCGGCAGGCGCUGCCACGCGGCGGACGGCGGAAGGUCAUGUACACUCAGGACAUACGGCCCUUGCAAGCGGCAAGUCGCAAGCGGCUGGUACAAGCGCUGCUGAUUGUAGAUGCGAAAGGCCUGAGCAUGCAGCUGCUGCGCCAGCGCAGCUUGCUCAAAGAGAUCCUGCUGAUGGGCAAGGAUAAUUUCCCGGAGGCACUCAUCCCACCGAUUCCCACCACUUCCCCGGCUGCACCUUUGGAGCGGAAGGUGCGGAUUUUGGGGGAAGACUUCCAGCGGGGCUUGUGGGAGCAGGGCAUCGAGCCGGAGGCCUUGCCCGCCUUCCUGGGAGGCAAGAGCAGUGACCAUGGCCUCGGAGAGGCACGGCAGCUGCCGCAGAAAGCUGUUUGA